AUGCCAAAGCAGGUUGUCCAUACUGACUCGACGCAGCUCCUCCGGGAUCUGGCAACUCUCAAUCCUAUCCUCCACCUCCCCAGCAACAACAGCAGCAGCAGCACAGGCAAUAUGCCGCUCCUCCAGGUCCCGGUCCCAUGUCUCCUGCGAAUCGGACUGAAUUCUAUCCGCCGCCGCCGGCGCAAGCAUCGCCUGGCCAGCAACAACACGCCAAUUACCCACCUCCGCCUGGGAGCAACUCGUCUCCCGGCCCAAGCUACCCACCCCCCCCGUCCAUUCAACAGCAAUCUACUCCGAGCCAAGGGGCUGCGCAUUAUCCGCCACCUCCGCAGUCGCAUCCCCAAGCAUCGCCCGCGCCCUCGCAAGGAGGCUACUACCCACCCCCUCCUCAACACACACCUUCGCCGUCGCUGCGACACUCUGGGCAAGCGCAGUAUCCAUCACCGCCCGUCAAGCAUCCCCCAGCGCCCCGCCUCGACCACCGACAGCCUACAGCAACGGACACAACCGCUGCAACAAUCGCUGUCCCAAACCGACGCACUGCCUACGUAUCCCACAAGCGAUUCUGGCUAUCCCCAGGAGAAGCAAGGUCAUGAGCAAGAGCAGCUUGGAAUCCCAGGCGGACCCGCGCAAGCUCCUGUGGCGGCCGUCCAACAAACGCCCCUCAAUACAAGCCAGCCGAGUAAUCUGGUAGCUGGGGCCCCACCAGCUGAGCAUUUCGUCGGCGCAGCAGCAACCUCCGAUGACGUGGGCACCUUCAACGGUGGCAGCUAUCGCAUCAGUCACCGCGACUGCAACACGAUACUCACAGUGCAGCUCGCCAUGGGCUGCCCCCUCGAAGCCAAGCCCGGCGUCAUGAUUGCCAUGACGCCUACAAUCACAAACAAGGGCGCCGUCAAGUUCAGCUUGAAGAAGAUGGUUGCCGGAUCAGACAUUGGAACUUCCACCUUUAUCGGACCUGGUGAGCUGCUCCUGGCGCCAGGCAUGCUGGGUGACAUUACAAGUGUGCGACUCACUGGAACGGAGCAUUGGUCCGUGGCCCAAGACGCCUAUCUUGCCUCGACGCAGGGUAUUAUCAAAGACUACAAGCGGCAAGGUCUCAGCAAAGCAAUGUUUGGCGGCGAGGGGCUAUGGGUGCACAAGAUUAGCGGUAAAGGGUUGCUUUGGCUCACCAGUUUCGGUGCCAUUAUCCGCAAGGAUAUGGCGGAGAACGAAAAGUACAUUGUGGACAAUGGCCAUCUCAUUGCGUGGAACUGCAAGUACGUGAUGGAACGUGUCACCUCUGGGGGCAUCAUCGCCGGCUUUGCCGCUGGAGAGGGCUUGGUGUGUAAAUUCACCGGGCCUGGCACCGUGUUCAUCCAGACGAGAAACCCUUGGCAAGAGCAGCCUCGUUCUGGCAGUCCAGUAUCGCUCAGCGCCUACUUCGCGCUGAAGGGUCUAGCCUCGAACCAAGGAACGGCACUACUUGAUGACCGAUCGACUGGGGUGACCGGAGCACUGGUGAACGGCUCGCCUCCACGAUCUCGCCGGGAGACUUUGGGCGCCGUCGAUCAGAAUGCGCAAGCUCUUCCGAAUCCACAAGAUGAUGGCCAAUCUGAUGGACCAAACAUCAUCUCAAAGUACAGGAUGGCCAUGCGCAACCCUGACUGGCGUCGAAAGGGGGGUGGAAGUGCUGUGAACAACUCCGAAUCAGCAAAUACCGACCCUCUCAGCAUCGUAACGGCACCUGAGCGUCAAAAGCCUGAAUACACCGAGCAUGGGCAGCACAGGCAGGCACAUAAGUCUCCGAGUAGACCUGAGCAUUGUGAUAUGCCGUCGUCUCCAUUCUUCGUCGCCGUCCGGCAACCGUCUUCCUCAGAAGUCAAGUCGACCUGCGACACUACGCGCUCGCCUCGAUACACUAGCUGGCAGGGAGAAGGCGACAUUCAAGACGACGAGGCUCGAUUCUUGUGCGAGCUUAUGAGCCACAAGGCCCUGCCGAGUCCUGCCGCGCGACCUUUGAGCCUCAUGGAGGUGCGUCGCCCAGAGAAGGCCGACUCUGAAAACGAUCACUCGCACAUUGUCGAGCUCAAACCAGCGCCCUUGGACUCCUACAAGCGACUUUGGCAUCGGCAAGAAGUGUCAUCUGAUGCUCAAAGCGAACAGUUUCAUGCAGCGCUUCAAGCUGUGGAUACAACUCCGUACCGGAUGAGGCCUGCGAAGCGCCCUGCUAUCAUCCACAACGUCACCUUCACCGACCCAGCUUCUGAGAAGCACGCCUCUGUGUAUUCUAAUGUCAACUCAAGAAGCUUCAGAGACGACAGAUAUGCAAGGAUGCUCGAGAAGCUACACAGCAAAGGUCCCAAGCAGCACACACCAGCCUAUGCUCAGCCUCAUGAUGCACGCAUGACCAACUCUGAUGACUCCGGUCAGAAUCGGGAGGCGUCAGCAGACAAGGCGCCGGAUCCGGUGAGCUUCAUUGACCCAGGCGCUGCGCUGGCCGGACAGCAUCCUUAUAGUUCCUCACUACCAAUGAUGGCAAUGACUGCUGCCAAUGGUCUUUACAGCAACAUUGGCAGCCCAGGCUCUGCGUUCAAUGCGACGCCGUUUCAGUUUCCAAACUACAACGCUACAUGGGCUCCUGGCCAGAUGCCGUACAACUUCGCAGCGCCGAACCCGUUCAAUAGAAUGAAUUGGUUGGCAGGACUCUCGAGCCCACUGAUGAGUACAGUUCAGCCCGGCCCGCCGACAGACUGUACAGCUCCAGCAUUGCACACCAUGAACCCAGCGGCACCUGCAUUUUCCAACCCGGCUCCCGUUCCCAAGCCUCGUCGGCCUGAUCCGAGUGAUCAGCAGGCGUACGAAGCAUACAUUGAAUGGCGCAAGGCCAAUGAGCCUGGGUAUGCUGCACAGUGUAAACUCAGGCAACAGCGCCGCAGCCAGCGCAACGUGACCAAGGUGAGGAUCACACGCCCGCCUGAAGCUGUACCUGCCGGGAAGACUUCACCCACUGUCUUCAAGGAUGAGCCUGCAACUGUGGUUCCCGAGGCCACUACUGUGUAG